AUGAUUAGGGGAAACGGUUUCCAUCGCUUAGUACACUUGUAUGAGAUCGAUAAGAUCGUUGAGGAUAAAAAGACCCUAGAGGAAAAACUAGAAGAAGAGGAAAUCAGGAAAAAGCUACUAGCUUACCUGAAAGACUUUGUGGAUGUCUUCUCCAAGCAUGAAUCGGACAAGUUGCCUCCGCACCAGCCUUAUAAUCAUAAAAUUGAGUUGGAAAAGCCGAACGAGUUGAGUUACAACCCUCUCUAUAAGAUGUCGAGAGAUGAACUGGAAGCAGCGCAAGAGUAUAUUAUCGACAACCUGAAUAAAGGAUUCCUUGAGCCUAGUAGCUCACCAUUUGCAGCACCAAUUAUCAUGGCAUCGAAGCCGGGAGGAGGAUUGCGUUUCUGUGUUGACUACCGCAAGCUCAACCAAUUGACUAAGAAGGACCAGUAUCCUUUACCACUGAUCGAUGAGGUUUUUGAGCGUCUGAGUCGAGCACGCAUCUUCACGAAGCUUGACAUUAGACAAGGUUUCCAUAGGAUUCGUAUGGAUCCAGACUCUGAGGAAUACACUACUUUUUGGUGUCGAUAUGAUACCUACAAGUAUAAGGUCAUGCCCUUCGGAUUGACCAAUAGUCCUGCGACUUUCCAGCGAUUCGUGAAUAACAUCUUUAUGGAUUACCUUGAUAGAUUUCUGAUUGCUUUUGUGGACGAUCUGCUCAUCUAUAGUGAGAACAUGGUAGAGCAUCAGAUUCACGUAAAAAUGGUGUUGGAACGACUCCGAGCCACUAGAUUACAAGCAGCAAUUCACAAGUGCAAAUUCAGUGUGGAACGAACAAAGUUCCUAGGUUUCAUUGUGACUAAGGAUGGCAUUGAGGUUAAUCAGGAAAAGAUCAAGGCUAUCACUGAGUGGAAGGCUCCCACUACUAUUUUUGGCAUUUGGUCUUUCUUAGGAUUCUAUGGUUUUUAUCAGAAGUUCAUACGAGGGUAUAGUCGAAUAGCAAAGCUAUUGAAUUACCUAACACGGCAGGAUGUGCCAUUUAAAUGGACAAUUAAGUGUCAAGAAGCUUUUAAUAAACUAAAAAGAUGCCUUGCCAGUGCACCUGUGUUAUGUCACUAUCAGCCCGAGUUGCCUUCUCAAUUGGAAACUAAUGCUUCAGAUGGAGUUGUCGCUGCAGUGUUCUCUCAAUUACAAGAGGAUGGUCACUGGCACUUAGUUGCAUACUUCUCAAAGACAAUGACCGACGCAGAAUUCAAUUACGACAUUUAUGAUAAGGAGCUCCUAGCAAUUGUGUCAGCCCUAAAAGAAUGGAGGGCUGAGCUGCACCGUCCAGGAAAGGAGAACACGCUGGCGGAUGCAUUAACUUGGAGGGAAAGCACUCCAGUUGACCGCAAGAAGGGGUGUAUGCAGCUCAUGUUGCCAAAGAAGUGCCUAGGGCCUUCGCCAGGGAGUGUCGAGCUAUCACCAAUGGACACUGCCAUAGAUGUUAUUUCCAGAGUCAUCACCGCGAACACAAGGAGCCCUGAAUAUAAGCAAUUCCGAGAGCUUGCGAGAACGGGAGACGAGAACUGGACAUUGCACGAAAACGUCUUGUUAUUCAAAGAUCAGGUAUUUAUUCCAGAUGAGGGGGAUCUUCGAGCUUGGUUACUAGAUGAAAUCCAUUCACGUUACUAUUGGAUUACCUGGAACAAAGAUGUGGAGCGAUAUGUCGACAACUAUAUAACAUACAAGCACACAAACACAAGAAGAGACUUACCGCCAGGACUAUUGAAUCCAUUGCCAAUCCCUAGCAGACCGUGGCAGCAUAUCUCCAUGGAUUUUAUGACCUAUCCUCCUGACAAGAUAGGCUGCGACACGGUGUUCGUGGUGGUUGAUUGGUUUGGCAAGACUCCAAUAUCUAUACCGUGCAGUAAGAACGUUGAUGCAAGAGAGUUGGCUAGACUCUGGAUAAAGUACGUGUACGCUCGUACAGGAUUACUGGACUCUAUUGUGUCGGAUCGUGGUCCCCAGUUCAUGUUGGAAUUCUGGAACGAGAUUUCAUUAUCUAUAGCGGAUCAUGCCCAGACCGAUGGGCAGACGGAGAUCGCAAAUCAGUAUUUGUCCCAACGCCUGAGACCAUAUGUCAACCACUUUCAAGAUGAUUGGUCGGAGUGGUUACCAAUUAUUAAUUUUGCGGCUGCUUCAUUGCCUCAAGAUUCCACAGGGUUGUCACCAUUUAUAAUCGAAAAGGGGUUUCAACCAAGGAUGUCGUUCGACUGGAGGAAACCAGAUCCACCAAGGAAGUUCACUGCCAACGAGAAGAAUGCGCGCGUGUGGGUGAAGCAAUUUCAAGAGAUUUGGGACUUUGCUCGUGCUGACAAGCACCGACAAGAGGUUGACUUUGACGUGGGAGAUAAAGUUAUAGUAUCAACGAAAGGAUGGAGAAUAGAUCGUCCAAGUCGGAAGCUCGCAGACCAAGCUGCAGGUCCCUACAAGAUAAUCGAAAAAGUCGGCCAGGCCUAUCGAUUGAAGCUAGACGAAGAAAUGCAAAUUCACGACGUCUUUGCAUCAGAAAAAUUAUGGCGUGUGUCAUCGACCGAGCCAUUGAGGGGUCAGAUUUUGGAAAGAGCGAAGCUGGUGGAGAUUAAUGAUCAGCAGGAGUGGUAUUUAGCGGAGAAUUUUAAGAACACACCGCGUCAAUUGAAGUCAUUCCACGAUCGAUAUCCAGAGAAGCCGGGACCCCCGGUGAACUUGCAACGAUGGAUUAAGGCAGCAGAGAGGGACAAAUUUGUUGACGAUGACAGAAACGAUAACACGAUAGAGGAGUUGGAACCGAGCGCUUGGGGGCAAGCGUCUUACAGAGGGGGGAGUAAUGUAACGAUUCUUCUUGAUAUGCCGGCUCUCGAAGACAUGAGAAUCCUAGUUGAUUACGAACACUAUGAAUGGCAUUAUAAACUUAGCAAGGAGAAUAUUCAAGUUGUUAGUACAAAGCGGUUCCUCAAACAAUUGGUGGGAAGCGUGCGAGCCACGAACCACGGCAGUUAA